AUGGAGAACAAGCAAGCAAAGAGAAGGAUAGUGUUAGUUCCAGUUCCAGCACAAGGACAUGUAACUCCCUUUAUGCAACUUGGUCAGGCCCUUAGCUCGAAAGGCUUCUCAAUUACAGUUGCUCAGGGACAGUUCAAUUGUGUAAGCCCUCCACAAGGCUUCCCUGGGUUUCAAUUUGUCACCAUACCAGAAAGCUUACCAGAAUCUGAAUUGAAGAGACUUGGGAUGGUAGAGUUUGCUAUCAAGCACAACAAAACCAACGAGGCAAGCUUCAAGAAUUGUAUAGCUCAGUUGUUACUGCAACAUGGUAAUGAUAUUUCAUGUAUUAUCUAUGACGAGUCCAUGUACUCAUGUGAAGCUGCAGCUAGAGAAUUUAAUAUUCCUAGUGUCAUCUUCACAACUACAAGUGCUACAAACCAUGCAUCACGAUGCGUUUUCAGCAAACUCAAUGCCGAAAGGUUCUUCUCCGACAUAGAAGGUGCCCUAAACCAUAGCUUAAUGGCUUAUCAUCCAGAGUUGAAAGAGAAGGUGGUGGAAAACUUGUAUCCAUUAAGAUACAAACACCUACUACCUUCAGGACUUGGGCCAUUAGAGCCACUUUUGGAGCUUCGUAGGGAAGUAGUCAACAAAAGAACAGCCUCUGCUUUCAUCAUUAACACGUCGAGCUGUCUAGAGAGCUCGUCUCUGUCAUGGCUUCAACAAGAACUCAGAAUUCCAGUGUACUCCUUAGGCCCUCUUCACAUUACAGCUUUAGCGUCUUCAAGUUUAUUGAAACAAGACAGGAGCUGCCUUGAAUGGCUGAACAAGCAGAAACCGAGGUCAGUCAUAUACAUAAGCCUGGGAAGCAUGGCUCACAUGGAAACCAAGGAAGUUUUGGAGAUGGCGUGGGGGUUGUCUAAUAGUAACCAACCAUUCUUAUGGGUCACUCCAAAUGGUGAUGAUGGAAUAGAGUUAUUUUCAGAGGAACUGAGUAAGAUGGUGUCAGAAAGAGGAUACAUUGUGAAAUGGGCACCGCAGACAGAAGUACUUGCGCAUCCUGCUGUGGGAGGCUUUUGGAGCCACUGUGGAUGGAACUCAACGCUCGAGAGCAUUGCGGAAGGAGUUCCAAUGAUUUGCAGGCCUUUUCAUGGUGAGCAGAAGUUUAACGCAAUGUAUAUAGAAAGCGUCUGGAGUGUAGGGAUACAGCUUGAAGGUGAAGUGGAAAGAGGACAGGUCGAGAGAGCUGUGAAAAGGUUGAUCGUGGAUGAAGAAGGUGCAUGCAUGAGGGAGAGAGCACUUGUUCUAAAAGAGAAGGUCAAAGCCUCUGUUAGAGCUGGAGGCUCCUCAUACAAUGCAUUGGAUGAGCUCGUCAAGUACUUGAAGACAGGCUGAGAAGCUGCACCUCAUGUAUUA